UGAUCGUGGUGCUGUUUGCUGCCCUGAGGAGACAGAGGAAGAAGGAGCCUCUGAUCAUCUCCAAAGAGGAUGUCAGAGACAACGUUGUCAGCUACAAUGACGAAGGAGGUGGAGAGGAGGACACUCAGGCCUUUGAUAUCGGCACGCUGCGCAACCCAGAGGCCAUCGAGGAGAGCAAGCAGCGGAGGGACAUCGUCCCCGAGACCUUCUAUCCUCCAGUUCGACGGCCGGUCCUGCCCCCGACGCGGGACAAUAAUGGGGAUGUGAGGGACUUCAUCAACCAGAGGCUCCAGGAUAACGACAGUGACCCAACGGCGCCGCCUUACGACUCCCUGGCCACUUACGCCUACGAGGGAAACGGCUCCGUGGCAGAGUCCCUCAGCUCACUUGAGUCGGUGACCACCGAGGGCGACCAGGACUACAACUACCUGAGCGAGUGGGGACCCCGGUUUAAGAAACUGGCGGAUAUGUACGGGGGCGAUGACAGCGACAGGGAUUCCUAACGAGAACCUGGCACACAGACGAGGAGAGAAAAGUGACAUUAAACACAUGUUCAAAACUUCCGGGCGAUCCUGGUGCAUGUGUGGCGAGAAAAAUGGUGAAAGGACCGAAAAAGGAGCACCGUGCUCUUCCACCACCACCGCUCACCAUUCAGUUGUCCCUCCGGCGACCAGACGUAGGCUUUGUGUGUCAAGUCAGUGUUAGUUGCGUUUUUUGCCGGGGUGCAGUGAAAAGAGACUUUGUGUCAAGACUUUUUUUUGUGUGUAUAUGGGGUGUACAUGAGGCCCAAAUAUAUCUAUACCCAUACUGUUUUUUUUUUGGUUUGUUUUUCCAAAGCUGCGUGCGAUGGACACGUUCAACAAGCAGUUUUGUAAACCAACAGAUAUGCCUAUGUAUUUUUCAGUGUUUCUGGGACAAAAACAUGCUGCAUAUUGUGAGUUCUAUCUUAGCUUGUGUACGUACGGUAAUAUGAUACAAUACGCUGUACAGUUGUUUUGUUUUUCUAGGGAUUUCUAUGGUCCAAAUAACCCCUUCUUCCAGCGAUGUCUGCCUCACAUUAGCCACUUAUCUACUCUUGUGCUUGUGCCACAAGUGCCAGAAAAUUUUGGCAUCUGACACGAAACUCUUGAUACAGAUCGGUGGGGGAGUUAUACAUUAUCAAAUCUGUGCUAUUCGUGGCACGUCUCUGUCGACAAGUGGCUAAUGUUCUUUAAAGCUUACAUGAAGCUGUGGUAAAGGAAUGUGGAUUUUACGGCCACUAAAAAACAUCGGCAAACACACCAGUUAGUCAUUUCUGCAGUAUCUGAUUUUCAUCUUCACACGGCUUCGAGCAUUCGCUGUGAGGUGAGCCAAAUACCAAAUAUUUCCUUAUUGAGCUGAAUGUCUUCAGAAACAAUUCUCUCUGUGCUGCCAACUCUUUGGCUGAAAAACGAAGUGCACAGAAUAAGUGUUAUUUUCUAAGAUACAGUGAUGAAAAAUUCACCAAUCUAAUGCGCACCAGGCUCAGUUGGAGGGAAAUACUGGUCUUGUUGGACUUUUUUGCUCAUCUCGACCACAAAAAUUUGUAAAUGAUUCACUCUGUCUGUACAGCAUGGUAUAAGUCAAAGUCACGUUAACUCGCAGUGCUGAAAUGAUGCCAACGAGCUUGAAAAUACGGGAUCAAAUUAGACGAGGCGAAACAUCUCGUGGACAGUUACCAUUAAAAUUUAUCAUGCAAUUUUAUUUUCUUACCUUAAAUGGCUCAUUUUAUCUGUUCAGGAGGAGAAAAACAGGAAAAGUAGCAUUUGAAUCAAUGCACCAAGCAGGAAACAUGAAAUAUUAAAUGGAAUUGAUAGAAAA